AUGGCUCAGGUCAUCGUUGUUGGUGGCGGUCUCGCCGGUCUCUCUGCUGCUCACACUCUCCUCGAGCGUGGCGCAAGCGUUUUGUUGCUCGACAAGCAAGGCUUCAUGGGUGGAAACUCAACGAAGGCUACAUCGGGAAUCAACGGUGCUGGCACGCAGGCACAGCAAGAGCAGGGCAUCCCUGAUACUACAAAGAUCUUCUUCGAGGAUACCAAGAAGUCGGCUCGUGAUCUCGCUAGAGAUGAUUUGAUUCGCGUUCUCACCGGCCGCUCCGGUGACGCCGUCAACUGGCUGCAGGACAAAUUCGCUCUCGACCUUUCGAAGGUUGCGCGGCUCGGCGGUCACUCUCAACCAAGGACACAUCGUGGCGAUGCCCAGUUCCCCGGCAUGGUCAUCACCUAUGCACAAUUAGAGCGUCUUGAGGACUUGUCCGUCAGCGACCCCGAACGUGUCAAGAUCAUUAAGAAGGCCCGUGUCACCAAGUUGGUCAAGGAUGAGGCUGGUGCUGUUAUCGGUGCCGAGUACACGCACGGCGGAAAGACCGAGACUGCUUACGGCCCCGUCAUUCUUGCCACCGGUGGUUAUGCUGCCGACUUCUCUGAGGAUUCGCUCCUCAAGAAGCAUCGUCCUGAGCUUUGGAAUCUCCCCACAACCAAUGGUGACCACUGCACUGGUGAUGGACACAAGAUGGCAAUGGCCAUCGGCGCCAACGGAAUCGACAUGGAGAAGGUCCAGGUCCACCCAACCGGUCUUGUUGACCCUAAGGAGCCCGAAGCUAAGGUCAAGUUCCUCGCAGCUGAGGCACUCCGUGGCGUUGGUGGUCUUCUGCUCGACAACACGGGCAAGCGUUUCGUCGACGAACUCCAACACCGUGAUUUCGUUACUGGCAAGAUCUGGGAGAACGGCAAGUUCCCCAUUCGCCUUGUGCUCAACGGUCCUGCUUCCAAGGAAAUUGAGUGGCAUUGCAAGCACUACGUCGGUCGUGGACUCAUGAAGCGCUUCGAAAAUGGCGAUGAGCUUUCCAAGGAGUUCGGCCUCAAGCCUGAGGUUCUUAAGAAGACAUUUGAGGACUACAACCAGAGCGUCCGCACCAAGAAGGAUCCCUUCGGAAAGAAAUUCUUCUCUGGAGAGUGGAAAUAUGACGACAUUUUCAACGUCGCUGUUAUGACCCCCGUCCUCCAUUACACCAUGGGUGGUCUCGAGAUCGACGACCAAUCCCGUGUUAUCGGCCAUGACGGCAAACCCAUCGCUGGUCUUUUCGCAGCUGGCGAAGUUGCUGGUGGUGUACACGGUGCCAACCGCCUCGGUGGCUCCUCCCUUCUUGGCUGUGUUGUCUUCGGCCGUGUAUCCGGUGAUUCAGCAGCCGCAUACCUCCUCCAGACCACGGGCGAGAUUGUGAAGAAGGCCGGCGGUCGUCUUGGUGCCCUCGCCGGACAACUCUCAUCUCAACCAUCAACAUCUGCCCCUACACCUUCCGCUCCCGCUGCCACAACUUCAUCACCGACACCAGUUGGCAAGACUGGCCAGUACACCAUGGAGGAGGUUGCGAAGCACACCAAGAAGGAUGAUGUCUGGGUAGUCAUCGAUGGUCAGGUCUUGGAUGUUACUGAGUUCCUUCCGGAUCAUCCAGGAGGAGAGAAGGCCAUCAUGCUCUACGCCGGACGGGACGCCACGGAGGAGUUCAACAUGCUGCACGACCCCAAGGUCAUUCCUCGAUAUGCACCUGACGCGGUCAUUGGCUCGCUGAAGAAGUAA